AUGUCGCUCAACAUCGAGUACGCCGUUUUCGGAGUCCUGAUGGCAGUCAAUGUUGCGAUGGGCCUCUACUUCACCUGUAGGAAAGCCCGCGCCCGAACCACCGAAGAAAUGUUCCUGGCCAGUCGCACGCUCAUGGUGCUUCCUCUGGCCGUCUCCGUGGUGGCGACUGUUACGUCACCGACGGGUAUCGUCGCUUUCGCCGGACACUACUAUGCCUACGGACUUCACCUGAACUGGGUCAACCUCGGGUUGGUCGCCGUCCUUCCAAUCACGACGCACCUGAUCAUCCCCGUACUGUACAAGUUGAGGGUCACGUCCAUCUUCGAGUAUCUCCGGAUGCGGUACGGUGCGAAAACUGGGCUCACUGCUUGCGGCAUUUGCUUCAUCUUGAUGCAAAGCGGUGGGGCUGUGGCAAUCUUCGCUGCCUCGAUAACUUUAACAACAACUCACCUUGGUCUUUUGGUCGACAUGGCUCACCAUAAGCUUUUAGACGCUAGCACUUAG